GCCUAAAACUGCAGGGUUUCUGAGCGCAGAUAUGACCGCCACAGCAUGGGAGUCCAACCUCACACCAACGAGUGGAAUUGAUCAGGCCUUCCAUGAAUCUGAUACACAGUUCAUGCUCUUGAAAUUACUGACAGCCAUCGUGGCCCUGGUGGGGCUGGCAGGGAACUCCGUGGUGCUCUGGCUCCUGGGCUUCCGCAUGCGCAGGAACGCCUUCUCGGUCUACAUCCUCAACCUGGCGGGGGCUGACUUCCUCUUCCUCGGCUACCCAUUUAUACAUAGUCUACUUUUACUUUUUGACUUUGAUUUGGUCGAUGAAGUAAUUAGCAGAUUUCUCCCGCCUGUGUCAUUCUUUGCCUACAUCUCAGGCCUGGGCUUUCUCAGCGCCAUCAGCACGGAGCGCUGCCUGUCUGUCUUGUGGCCCAUCUGGUACCGCUGCCGCCGCCCCAGACACUUGUCCGCCAUAAUAUGUGCCCUGCUCUGGGCCCUGUCCCUGCUGCUGAGCAUCCUGGAAGGGAACUACUGUGGCUUCAUGAGAUCGAAUGUAAUUGAUGGUUGGUGCUCAGCGUCGGAUAUCAUCACUGUGUCAUGGCUGAUUUUGUUAUUUGUGCUUCUCACUGGGUCCAGCCUGGCCCUGAUGACCAGACUGUUGUGUGGCUCCCAUCGGGUGCUGCCCACCAGGCUCUACAUGACCAUCAUACUCACAAUGCUGGUCUUCCUCCUCUGUGGCCUGCCCUUAGGCAUCCACUGGAACCUCUUAUUCUGGUUUCCUGCCUUGUCUCAUCUUGACCAGUUUGUAGGACCCCUGUCCUGUGUCAACAGCUGUGCCAACCCCAUCAUUUACUUCUUCGUUGGCUCCUUCAGGCAGCGAUGGUGGAAGCGGAGACACACCCUGAGGCUGGUUCUCCAGAGGGCUCUGCAGGACACUCCUGAGGUGGAUGAACCUGGGGAAACCCUGGCCAUGUCGGGAAGCAGUCUGGGGCAGGGAUGAGAGCCUCUGUCCUGAUCAGUCUGGAGUAACUUCGAGACUCACUGCUGCCUUGCCAGGCGUGGAAAGUAUCUAGUCUUCUCUCAGCCUCAGUCUCAGAAUGUGUCAGCAAUCCACCAAUCUCUUCAAAUAGGUUGUUUUUAA